AUAGCGGCCUCCAUCUUAAGUAAAAUAAACCAGUCUGUGGAUCCCUGUGAGAAUUUUUAUCGGUUUGCCUGUGAUGGCUGGACAUCUAAUAAUCCCAUUCCUGAAGACUCGUCAAACUAUGGAGUUUAUCCUUGGCUGAGGAACAAUGUGGACCUCAAGUUGAAAGCACUGCUACAGAAACCUAUCAGCAAGAGACGGGACAGUGAAGCUGUACAGAAAGCCAAGAUCCUUUACUCAUCAUGUAUGAAUGAGAAUAAAAUUGAAAAAGUUGAUGCAAAACCACUGUUAAGUAUACUGAAGCAUUCGCUGUUCCGUUGGCCUGUGCUGGAAUCUAACAUCGGACCUGAAGGACAAUGGUCAGAAAGGAAGUUCAGCAUGCUCCAGACCCUUGCAACUUUUCGUGGUCAGUACAGUAACUCUGUCUUCAUCCGUUUGUAUGUGGCUCCUGAUGACAAAACCUCCAAUAAACACAUCUUAAAGCUAGACCAAGCAACCCUGUCUCUAACUGCACGGGAAGAUUACCUUGAUAAUACCACAGAAGCUAAAUCUUACAGAGAAGCCUUUUUGCAGUUCAUGGUUGAUAUUGCAGUGCUUUUGGGUGCUAAUGCCUCACGGGCAGAGUCUGAUAUGAAGUCAGUUCUGAAACUGGAAAUUAAAAUAGCUGAGAUAAUGAUUCCACAGGAGAAUCGAACCAGUGAGACUAUGUACAAUAGAAUGAACAUAUCUGAACUUAGCACUAUGAUCCCUCAGUUUGACUGGCUGGGAUAUAUCAGGAAGGUGAUUGACACUAAACUCUACCCUGACCUUCAAGAUCUAGGUCCUUCAGAAAACGUGAUUGUCCGUGUGCCCCAGUACUUCAAAGAUUUGUUCAGGAUACUAGAAAAAGAAAGGAAAAAGACUAUUGCCAACUAUCUGGUAUGGAGGAUGGUUUAUUCAAGAAUAUUUAACCUCAGCCGACGCUUUCAGUAUAGAUGGCUGGAAUUUUCGCGGGUAAUCCAGGGAACCACAUCUUUACUGCCUCAGUGGGAUAAAUGUGUAAACUUUGUAGAAGGAGCACUCCCUUAUGUCAUUGGCAGGAUGUUUGUGGAUGUCCAUUUUCAAGAAGACAAGAGAGAAAUGAUGGCGGAGUUGACUGAAGGGAUUCGCUGGGCCUUUAUCGACAUGUUGGAAAAGGAAAAUGACUGGAUGGAUGCAAGAACAAAAAGGAAAGCUAAUGAAAAGGCAAAAGCGGUUUUGGCAAAAGUGGGCUACCCUGAGUUUAUAAUGAAUGACACGUAUAUUAAUGAAGACAUCAAAACAAUGAAGUUUUCAGAAAAUGACUAUUUUGGCAACGUAUUGCAGACCCGCAAAUAUCUGGCCCAGUCUGACUUCUACUGGCUUAGAAAAGAAGUUUCAAAAACAGAGUGGUUUACUAGUCCAACCACUGUCAACGCUUUCUAUAGUGCAUCAACCAACCAGAUCAGAUUCCCAGCAGGAGAACUCCAAAAGCCUUUCUUUUGGGGGACAGAAUACCCUAGGUCUUUAAGUUAUGGUGCCAUUGGAGUAAUUGUUGGGCAUGAGUUUACCCAUGGAUUUGAUAAUAAUGGUCGUAAGUAUGACAAGAAUGGAAAUUUAGACCCCUGGUGGUCCACUGAGUCUGAAGAAAAAUUCAAAGAGAAGACAAAAUGCAUGAUUAACCAGUACAAUAAUUAUUAUUGGAAGAGAGCUAGCCUAAAUGUAAAAGGGAAGAGGACUUUGGCAGAAAACAUUGCAGACAAUGGAGGUUUGCGAGAGGCUUUCAGGAUGUUGUGUUUUGUUUCUUUCUUUAGAGUUAUUGGUGCAAUGAGCAACUUCGAGGAGUUCCGUAAAGCUUUCAAUUGCCCAGUAAAUUCAACCAUGAAUAGAGGUUCAGAAUCCUGUCGGCUAUGGUAGAUGGUCUUUUUAAAUCCGGUGCCAAGAGAGGGGUUUUUUUUAUAUAUAUAUAUAUAUAUAUAUAUAAACUGCUGUUUCUGAACUCUAACCCACUGCUACAGCUUCAGAGCAACAUUCAGCAAUAUAGAGAGGUUUUAUUUUUUUAAUGCAUCUUCAUCAUCUGGCCGGGUGACCUGCACAGAUCUAAUCAUUGUCUGUUUAUGGUUUGGAAGCUUUAAAAAUUGGACAAGAGAAAGGAGAAGAUUCAGGAAAAAAAUUGACACUCCAUGAUUGGAUUGCUGUUGAUGGAUUGCUGCCGUUACUCAUUUUACUUCCUGAUUUAUAGUUUAGCAAGAGCAAAAUGGUAGAAUCCAAUUUUAAUCUAUUGCUUUGCAGGAGGGCUUAGCAAAAUGUUCCCAUACAAAAUUCAGUCCUUCCAGAUUUCUUUAGUUCAUGAGAACUGCUACGUAGCCAGCGCUGAUCUCCUGUGCAAUACAGCAUUUUGAUAACAUGCGUUGUCAUUGCACAGCAUGCCAUAAAUGAUUUUGCAUGAUGUUAAGACACUAGAUCUUAUAUAAAUUCAAUUUAAGAAGUCAGAUCAAUGCCUGAGGUUGGAGUAGCUCCUCAUUGUUUCCAUCCACAUUGACUAAACACAAAGGUUACUUGUCAAAUCCUGGGCGUUCUUCAAGAGUGCCUUAAUACAGACGCUCCCCGAUUUACGCAAGCGUUCCAUUCCGGAAUGCAUUGCAUAACUCGAAUUUUGCGUUAGUCGGGAAUGUAUACCCGACAGUUACCCCCCCCCCCCAAACCUGUUUGUAGCUUCCGGAACUUUUCCCGUAAGUCGGGUUUGCGUAACCUGGAGGGCGUCUGUAGCACCGUAUGGCGAAAAUCUAUGAGUAGA